AUGUCUACCCGUGGGUAUCCUAACGUGUGGAGUAAUUUUGAACGAAUAGUUGAAGACGGUAGAAUGCUGAAAUUCGACAUAGAAGACAUACCAGAAAGUAUGUGGAGUACAGCAGUAGAGUUUAUGUUGGGCAACUACAUCCGAGAGGAUGUUUGGUGGAAGGCAGCUGGCACAGCGCAGGAUUUAGACGCAAUACAAGAAUACCGUGUGCUGCUGACAUCGAUCAUUAGGCAGAAAAUGAGCGUGGCGUGCUUCCUUGCUGAAGGAGACGGCUCGGGUCGCACGCUCGUCGCUGUUAACAUGUGCUUGCCGCAGGAAAAGGGACGCUUCGUUGAACACAGGCCGCCCAAGUCUAAAGCGGGUUUAUUAUCCCUGCGAAUGUUCGCCGAGGCCAUGAAAGUGACAGCGAUUUAUGAUAAAUACAACGUGAACACGUACCUCAUGGGAGCCGGCCUGUCUGUGGCACCCGAAUACCGGGGCCUGGGAAUCGCAGUAGAAUUGCUCAAGGCCAGGGUAGAUCUAUCAAAACAUCUGGGGUUCCGUGCAACAGGCGGUAUAUUUACAAGUGCUAAAGCACAAAGAGCCGCAGAGAAAGCUGGCAUGGAGUGCCUGUAUCACAUCCCUUAUAAGAAGUUUGGAAAACAUUGCAAUAUAGUGUUUGAUUCGGACGCAGAAGACUUGAAAAUAUUCGCUAUCCGGACCCAAUAA